AUGUUUCCUAGUACAGAAAUCCUCUUAACGAUCUUCAAAAUUGUGUACAUGCAAAACCGCGAGGAAGUCACGGAUGAAAGGGAGUUCUACUUUUUGAGCAACUCUCUGGUCCCAGAAAUCGUUGGGGAAUACAAGUGCAUUUGGAGGCGCGACGAAGAACUCAGAUAUCCCUGUCUCUUCCCUUAUAACAUCGCUGCUGUGACCCGAGGGGUCUUCACUCGUCGAUCUUCAGCACCAGCUGCAGUGGUCGCGCGAUCUUCCGAUGGAGAUUACCUUAGGGAGAACCUGGGCAACGACUUCAUGUACCACAUGGAGGAAGCAGCUCGGUUCCUCCUUGCCGGUGAUCCUGAAGGAACUGCGUGGCACUGCCCCGAUUUUGAAGAUACUCAGAUAUGUAUGGUAGAGACGUCUUCGUCUGCCCAGCACUACACAACUUCGAUAUCGAUGGUGCCAACGUCUUAUGGCUUCGAAACACUUACGGGGGAAUGGGUAACGCAGUUCGUUCCUCAGUUGGAGUACUUCAAUGUUUCCGUCCUAUCUCCUGCAGAAGAAGAAGAGGGGAACGGCGGUGAAGGCGGCAUUGAUGGGGAAAGGGUUAGUGGACCUGAGGGAGAAGAAGGGAUCAAUAGGCCUGAGAAGGGCCGGUUAAAUCUGGAUACAUUUCUAGGAGAGGUCGCGCAGCUCACCUCAUUGCGCCAGCUAAUCCUCAAAUCGAUCAUUUUCAACAACAUACUACCGCCCGGAAAUCGCCAUCCUCUUCAGGAUCUCGCCCCCACCGUGAACCUCAUGGAGAUUUUCGACAGAUGGCAUGGAAUGGGACUCGAAAUCGUCGGCUGUCCAACCUUUGAUGGCGAUGUGCUGAAGCGACUGGGCAUGCCGGGCGAACUGACUCUAAAAGUGGCGGGUGAAGGGCCGGCUAUCACAGACGACGAACGGGCAUGGUUUGGAGAUCAUGUAGCAGAAUUCUCUGACGAGGUUGUAUUGGCUGUUCCUGAAUGUCUUACUUGA